AUGAUUGGUGCGUUGCUUCUUCUUAGCGUAUUAUUCGACAGCAGUUACUGCCUUUCUGAAAAGGGGAGGAUCGCUUUGACAAAGGCUUAUGGAGGGAUCGACAUCGAUAAGCGUCAUGAAAGACUGAAAAACCUCGGACUGAAAGGACUGGGAUCAAACCCUCCAUCUGAAAAGGCGACAACAUCCUCAAAAGCAAAGGCGGGAGAGAAUACCCCAGCGGAUGAGGGUACAAUCGCAGAAGUGAAUCGAAGGGAAGGAGUUGACGAGUACUUGUUCAAUGGCGACAUGAUUCUCACUGAGUUGAAUAAAACAAUCCACCUUUUAGCUGCUACCAAUCAAGCAUACGUUAGAAAGCAGCUCAAAUACCUCAGUGAUCGGACUUGUAUCACUUUUGUGGAGUCUGCCAAUGCGACGAAUCGUAUAAAAGUGUUCGAUGGAGCAGGAUGUUAUUCUUUUGUAGGAAUGAUAGGAGGCGAGCAGCAACUGUCAUUGACUGAUGGGUGCUUUCGUGUUGGUACCGUGGCUCAUGAGUUCAUGCACGCUCUCGGUGCGCUGCACAUGCAAAUGCGACAUGACAGAGACACAUAUAUUAAGGUCGACUUGACGAAUGUGCCGUUUUCAUUACAUAGGCUGCACGCUUCAACUACUGCCAAAAAUACCGAAAGAAUUGCUCCACGAGCAGACACAGUAUUAUAUUUAUACGGUAGCAAAUAG